AUGAAGGACGGGAGUCUGAUUUAUUCUGUCCGCAAUCAUGGUGCCAUCUACCGAGUGUUUCCCAAUAAACAGGCAACUAAACUUGUAAAAACUCGGGGCGAACCUGUAGGUCUUUGUCGUACCAGAUCGGGAGAAAUCCUGGUCUGUCUGUUUAGUGAUUUUGGUAAUUGGAAUGCUAGAGUUACAGUGGUUCGGUACAACUGCAGCGGUGAGAAGAUCCAGGAGUUUAAAAUAUUACAAUGUAAUAAUUAUAUGUCACCAAGCAAAUGGCCUGUCUGUGAGAAUGUGAAUGGUGAUAUCUGUACUGGUUAUAUAUAUGUAUUUAGUCGUAGCAAUAGAGUAGUGGUAUAUGACAAGUCUGGGAAGUUUCGCUUUCAUUAUGACGGGCGAGGUGGGACUCAGAAGUUUGAUCACCUUAAGCCACGUGGUCUGGCCAACGACAGCCUGGGUCACAUCCUCAUCUCAGACAACGCUAACAAUGUCGUGCAUCUUAUUAGCCAGGACGGGGACUUCAUCGCCUAUAUCCUAACAAAGGAUGACGGGAUAGCAUGUCCGUGGGGGAUCACUGUGGAUCAGUCCGACAACGUGUGGUUGGUAGAACAUAAGAGAGCCCUCGUAAAAGUGUAUCAGUAUAUGUUGUAA